GGAGUUAUACAGCCACAGUCAGACGUUAAGCAUGAAAAGGGCAGUCGAGGUGUGAGCCAAGGUCUUUUUGGGAUACUGAAGAUAGCUUCAUACACAUCGGCAAUCUUACCUGUGUAUAUCAGUGUUCAAUCAAAACUUGAGGAUCACCUGAAAUCACCCAUUGCCCCAGUGACAAGGUGCGAAAAUGCAUCUAGGUCAGCAAAACCCUGUGGUGGAUGGGCUAUCCUUAAAGGAACUGGGUGUGCUGGUGGAGAUAGAGCUUCGAAGGAAAGGACUGCCAUUUCUCAAAUAUGUGGAGUACCGUAUUGUUAGCAAGUGUUUCCAGAUCCCGGUUCAGCGCAGGUACAGUGAUUUUGAGGUGUUCCAUGGUCUGCUGCUGCAAAAGUUCAUCUACAGGAUGGUCCCGCCUCUGCCCCCCAAACGCAUCCUUAAAGGAGUUUUGAACUCAUUGUCAGACCGAGAGUUCAAUGAUAGCCGCCGCCGUGGUCUACAAAGGUUUAUGGCCUUGGUGAUUAGACAUCCAGUCCUGGCAGGAGAUGAGCUGGUCAACAUCUUUCUGUCAGCAAGCAGCGCGGAGGUUCAAAAUAUGCUGCGUGAUGCAUAUAAAAAGACAGGUGAUGAGUUUCUGACCUCCCAAAUGGCCUUGCAUGGCAAGGUGUACCUACCUGAGGACAUACAGACCCAGGCUGCCGCUAAUCGAGAGGUCAUUGCAAAUAUCCACAGCAGCUUCAAUAAACUCAGAGAUGUAGCGGAGUGCAUGGCUCAGCGUUCAUGGGAGAACUCAACAGAUCUGCUCAUGUUUGGCAAAGACCUGAGUGAACUGGGCUCGGACACAUCAGACCUGCCAAUGAAUGCUACAAUGAGCAAAGUAUGGAAAACACAGAGAAAGUCACUUGUAGAGCUGUCAGGAGAAUUUGGUCUUCUCGCCGACAAAGCUGCACACCAGGGCAGCAGAGAGGAGGAUGAGGUGGUGGAGAAACUGAACCUCCUCCUUGAACAGCUGCAGUCAUACAGAGACUUGUGUGAUCGUCAUGACAGUGGUGUGUUACUAGAGCAUCAGAGAGCAUUUGAAAAGCGCAGCGGGCCUGUGGCUACACACUUAAAGUACCAGAACAGCAUCGAGCAACCAGAGUCUCGACUCUCACAGCAGGAGAACACAAUUAUCACCAUGGAGAUGAGGAGCUAUUUCUCCCUUUUGUGUCUGCAUCAAGAAACCCAGCUGGUCUUCACCUAUCUGCCUCUUGUGACUUCAAUACUGGGGACAUUUGUCCACUCACAAAUACAAGGACACAAAGAGGUGUGUUUCUAAUAGCUCUAUUACUUC